AUGUCUGCGGGCAGCCCAGUCCCCCCUGAUGGUCGUGGGGUAGAUGCACUAUCGAAGGGCGUCUCAGGAGACCCAGGCAGAUUCUCCACGUCGGAGAACUCCACACCCCAGCCCUCGGGGGGCCCUGCGGUCACCCGCUGCCCUGAGCGCUGGAGGGACAAGGCUCCGCUCCCCGCGCCCCCGGCCCGGCGCGGGAAGCAGCGUCUGGGCUCCACCGCGUCUGUCUGCCGCCACCAGAGCUGUAAAUCCACCGCCUCGCACAUCCAGGAGGUGGCUGGGGAUGACCGCUGCGCUCACUGUGCCCUGGCCUGCCUGUUCUGCGAGUUCCUGGCGCUCUGCUCCCUGGCGCUGGACGGCCUGGGCUGCGGGGCGCUGUGCCUGGCGGGGGGCUGCUGCACCAGGGGGGACCCCCCGGGUCAGGGCUGCGGGGGAGGCAGCUGCCCCUGUGGAGGGGGGUGCGGGCUCCUCCAGGACUGCUGCGACUCCGCGGACUGCCUGGAAAUCUGCCUGGAGUGCUGCUCCAUCUGCUUCCCCGGCUGA